AUGGCUUCGUUCAUCACCACCAUGUCGGUCCCCGCUCCCCCUGCUCCCGUCCACUUCUCUACUCCCUCCGAGUCGCUGUUGCGCUCGCCUCCUCCUCCUAAACCUUCCAUCCACGUCACCUCCAGCCCUUCCUCUUCCUCUUCCUCUCCUCGCUACCAGACUACCCGCACUUCCCGUGUCCCAGCCUUGGAGCCGCCUUCCUACCUGUCACCCGCUGUGCGCGCGCUCAAACAAGGAGUCUAUGGACUAACACCUCCUAGCAAUGCCCGGACACGAGCGCCGUUCAAACCCCGGUCUGCCGCCAAGGGGACCAGCAGCUACCAGCUGCGCCAGUUCGCCGAGGCCACUCUGGGGAGUGGGAGUCUCCGCAAGGCCGUGCAGCUGCCGGAAGGAGAAGAUCUGAACGAGUGGCUAGCUGUGAAUAUCGUCGACUUCUACAACCAGAUCAACUUGCUCUACGGCUCGAUAACGGAAUUCUGCUCCCCGCAAACAUGCCCGGAGAUGAAAGCCACCGACGAAUUCGAAUAUCUCUGGCAGGACUCCGAGAACUACAAGCGCCCGACCAAGAUGUCGGCCCCGGAGUACAUCGAGCACCUGAUGAGCUGGGUUCAAAGCAACGUCGACAACGAGCAGAUGUUCCCCAGCCGGAUUGGUGUUCCCUUCCCCAAGACCUUCCCCAGUCUCCUACGCCAGAUCUUCAAGCGGCUGUACCGUGUCUACGCCCAUAUCUACUGCCAUCACUACCCGGUCGUGGUGCAUCUGGGACUGGAGCCGCAUCUCAACACGAGCUUCAAGCAUUAUGUGCUUUUCAUCGAUGAGCAUCGGCUGGCGAGCGGGAAGGAUUUCUGGGGGCCGUUGGGGGAUCUAGUAGACAGCAUGUUGAAGAGCGAUUGA